AAACAAAUAUAGAGCUUAUCUCAUUCACUUCACCAAAACAAAACUCUCCUCAAUAUAAAGAGAGAGUGUGUGUGAGAGAGAGUCAUACACACACACACACAUACACAAAAAUAGAUAUAGAAGUGUUGUAUAACUAGAGAUACAUAUAUUCUCAAAUAGUGAAGAUGAAAGGUGGGAGAAUGGAGAGUUUGAAGCCAAUAUUGGCGAUCAUAUCACUACAAUUUGGGUAUGCAGGCAUGUACAUUAUCACCAUGGUCUCGUUCAAGCAUGGUAUGGACCAUUGGGUUCUUGCUACAUACCGUCAUGUCGUUGCUACUGUUGUCAUGGCUCCCUUUGCUCUCAUUUUCGAGAGGAAGAUAAGGCCGAAGAUUACACUACCAAUAUUUUGGAGGCUUCUUGCUCUUGGAAUACUAGAGCCCCUUAUGGACCAGAACUUCUACUACAUAGGAUUGAAAAACACAUCAGCAUCGUACACUUCUGCCUUUACCAAUGCACUACCCGCCGUCACCUUCAUUCUCGCCCUCAUUUUCAGGCUUGAGACGGUUAACUUUAGGAAGAUUCAUAGUGUUGCAAAAGUGGUGGGAACGGUAAUCACGGUAGGAGGAGCAAUGAUUAUGACCUUGUACAAAGGUCCGGCCAUCGAGAUUGUGAAAGCCGCGCAUAGUUCCUUCCAUGGCGGUGCUGCUAGCACCGCAACAGGCCAGCACUGGGUCCUAGGAACCUUAGCUAUCAUGGGGAGUAUCUCUACUUGGGCUGCCUUCUUCAUUUUACAGUCAUACACAUUAAAAGUUUAUCCAGCUGAGCUAUCACUUGUAACGUUGAUAUGUGGGAUUGGGACGAUCUUAAACGCGAUUGUUUCGCUAAUAAUGGUUCGCGACGUGAGCGCUUGGAAGAUCGGUAUGAACUCGGGGACACUCGCCGCGGUUUACUCGGGAGUGGUAUGUUCGGGAAUAGCUUAUUACAUACAAAGCAUUGUGAUCAAACAACGUGGCCCUGUGUUUACUACAUCGUUUAGUCCUAUGUGUAUGAUCAUUACUGCCUUCCUUGGUGCCUUGGUUUUGGCUGAGAAGAUUCACCUCGGAAGUAUCAUUGGGGCAGUGUUUAUAGUUCUUGGACUAUACAGUGUGGUAUGGGGAAAGAGUAAGGAUGAAGUGAAUCCAUUAGAUGUGAAAGUUGUAACCAAGGACCAAGAGUUACCAAUCAGUAACGUAGUCAAACAAACGAACGGUCAUGAUGUGUUGGGUGCACCACCAGCUAAUGGUGUGGUGGUGACUAGAGCCUAAUGAUCCAAACCAAACCCCAAAAAAGAGAAGAGAAAGAUACAAAGACAAAGAUCUCAUAUCUCCAUAUAUGAAAUUGGAGUUUGGGAAAUUUUGAUUUAUCUCUUUCUUGUUGUUUUUGUGUUUUUAUUUUACUUUUUUUCUAAUCGCUUAACUUUUUAGUAUCUUUUCUUACUUAUGUAUGUUUUUGUUUUUACUUUUGUGUAUUUUGAAAUUUCCAAAAGCAAAUGAUGAAUGAAUCAUUUGGUAAAAUUACGAGUAAGGAAAAAUAAUAAUAAUAAUAACAAAAAUAGUCAAAUC